UUCUUGAAACUCAAUUACCCGAAUAAACUUCCCCGGUGCCUACAGGCUAUAUACCACAACCAAAAGAUAUUGCGCGAUCGUGUACUGAAGCUAUAUAUUCGACAGUUCGAUUGCGAAGCGUCUUAGCACUACAUACAAUAAACCUCCAUACACACAAACCCUCACGAUGAGUUGGUGGCCAUUCUCAGGCUCAGGCACAGAUGCCAAAGCACAACCAAAAGAUCAACAACCUCUCCCAACAGCGCCGCAACCAAUGCCUCCCACAACGACUACGCAAACACCUCCACCCUCACCCGCACCGCACGAUCCCGACUUCUACGCCGCCCACCCACACCUCGCGCCUCCCUCCUUCUCUACAACCUCAAGCUCCACCACAACCGACAAUGCGCCAGAGCCAGAAUUCGAUCCCUCCCUGCCCCGCACAAUGUCCUGUCGUGCCGCCUUCGACAGCGCCUUCUACUGCUCCAGUCUGGGCGGACAUUUCAAUGACAUAUACCGCCAUGGCCAACUGCGCGCGUGUUCAGAGCACUGGAAUGACUUCUGGUUCUGCAUGCGCACUAAGAAUAGCUAUAGCGGGAGGGACGUCAAGGAGCGCAUGGUCCAGGAUAGGUACAGGGAGAAGGAGAAUAGAUUGAAGGCUGGGCCGAACUCGGAGGAUGUGUGGGUUAAAAGGGGCGUAGGCGAGGAGGUUAGGGGUGCUUUUAGUAUGCGUGCGGAGGAUGGGCGGUAGGGGCGAGGGGUUAAGGGUCUGGGGGACGAGAAGGGUGUUGGACAAGUCCAUGGAGAAUCACUGUAUACCAGAAAUUGGACGAAUGUAAAAUAAUGAAAGCAAGGCGUUGGCAAGGCCAAGUUAUGGCGCAGGAAUCAUGAACUCGGGAUAUUCACGCAAGUCAUCAUG